GGUUUGUUGAGGAACCCUGGUCGUCCGAUACUAAACAAACAAUCAAUAUACAUUAAACACAUAGAACUUGGUCAAUGAUAGUUUACUGCCAUUUACUACGCUACUUGUGAUCAAAUAUGGGACGACAGAACACACAAAAGAAUUUGGCGUUUUGGGUGCCAGUAAAAAGGAACAAAGUUCACCCUGCCAAUUUAAAAAAACAAACGCCUGCAACCUUCCAGAAGUCGCUGAGGGCAACACUUCUAAUCGGGCAAGCGUUUUCACUUUUACCUGUGGUCGGAAUAUUUAGCAAUGACGCUAACAAUGUAAAGUUUAUCAUUACAUCGUGGAAGUGCUUUUACUCCUUGUUAUCGUUCUUCGGCCAAAUAUUUAUAGUGGUGAUGUGUAUCAUCAGAGUUGUUAGCACAGAGACUACACUGAACGCCACGACACCAAUAAUUUUCUACGGGACGACAUGUUUUACAAUGCUCAUGUUCUUUCGAGUGGCGACGGCGUGGCCCGACCUCGUUCAGCACGUGGCGAAAACAGAAGAACUAUACCCGAACUACGAUAAUAAGCUUACAAGGACAUGCCAAAUUACCUGUGCCGUUGUCCUUCUCUUGGCUUUAUCCGAGCACAUUUUGUCAUUACUAUCAGCAUUUGCUGGUGCGAUAAUGUGCUUUCCAAAUAAGAGUGUCUACGAAGGAUUUGCACGGCAUUUCUAUCCGUGGGUUUUUAAUUGUCUACCAUAUUCGCCACUGUUAGGGAUGAUUACACAGUUCUUGCAUUUCCAAUCGACAUUUAUCUGGAAUUUCUCGGAUUUGUUCGUCAUCUGUAUGAGCUACUAUUUAACGUCGCGUCUAGAUCAUGUGAACAAAAAGUUAGCAGCCGCUCAAGGGAAGUAUCUACCAGAAAUAUUUUGGAAAUCUACAAGAGAAGAGUACUGCAGAGCAACUCAACUCGUAAGAAAAGUCGAUGAAGUAAUCAGCGGGAUUGUAUUUGUUUCAUUUGCCAACAAUCUGUUCUUUAUUUGUUUACAAUUGUUUAAUACUUUGGAGGAUGGAAUUAAGGGCAACGGAGAUUGCAACAGUCGGUCUAAGAAAACAACGCCCCUAAGCGGUUAUGAAGCAGCAACCUAUUUUUUAUUUUCUUUAGUUUACCUUAUUUCAAGAUCUGUAGCGGUGUCUCUUAUAGCUUCUCAAGUAAACACAGCUUCUAUGGUACCAGCACCUAUAUUGUAUGAUGUGCCUUCGCCAGUUUAUUGUGUGGAGGUACAAAGGUUCUUGGAUCAAGUGAACGGGGACAAAGUCGCUUUGAGCGGUUUGCAAUUUUUCUCAGUGACACGUGGAUUGCUUUUGACGGUUGCCGGCACAAUAGUGACUUACGAACUGGUGAUGUUUCAAUUCAAUUCGCCAACUGCUGACACGGACACUACGACGCUGAUUCCGCCAAACAUUUCUACGACGGCGACACCUUAAAAUUUUAAAUAAAUAACAAAUAACUUCUAUCAAUUGAAAACUACAAUAUUCCUUCGUGCUAUACGUGUUUUAUCGCGGGAAAAUAUAAAGUGGAACUUUUAUUCAGCGAAAAUAUUUUCACGCGGGCGGAGCCGCAGGCAAAAGCUAAUAUAGAAUAAAGGUAAUAUUAGGUACCAGUAAAAGACCUAUAGGUAAUAUUAUGGUUAGAAAAUUUUAUAAAUAUCGAUAUUUUAACUUUUAAGAUAUGGUACCUACCCGUAAAAAAUAAUAAACGA